AUGAUUAAUGAUUUUAAGAUGAUAAAUCCUGAAUUCAGACAUUUAAAAAAGAUAAGUCAUGAAAUUCAACUUAAAUACAAUGAACCUAUGCAACUAAAAGCAUACAGUUUACCUUAUGCAGUUUUACCAGAAUUAAAAAAGAAAUUCCUGAAUUAUUCAGAUAUGGAAUUUUUAGACCUAUUAAGUCUGUAUAUACUUCACCAAGUUUUGUCAUUCAAAAGGUUAAUGGUAAGGUCAGAUUAG